GUCGAUCGCGAUCUACGAUGGACCAUACUCGCAUGCUUACGAAGAAGCUGUGGGGAACUUAUCCUGGUAUCUGCCGAACAUUACACGAUUGACAGGUGAACUCAGCUGGGCUGAGCCCCCGAACUGAGCCUAAGAAUUGAGCGCUGACUUGGUCUUCUUCUUGGAAGCUGAAGCAGUUCCGUUAUCAAACCUGUGAUGAGUGUCCAUAUAAUAUGAUGGUCGCUCGGCGCUCAGGGUCCUCCGAGUCAUGCUUAAAAGUGCGAGAAGGCUGGUCAUUUCCUUUCCUACAAGAAUAUCAUGCCCCCUAAUCAAUCACCGCUCAAUUUCUUCACCAGUACCUCUGCUUACUCUCGAUUAUCAUGGCCGCAUUAUGACCUUGGUUUCGCUUCCGGAAUAGCAAUUUUUUUCGGAGGCGAAGCAGCCGUAUCCACUCUUGCAUUACAACCGCUUUAUGGUCGCACUGGCAUAUGGCAUGGAUGGUACAACACACCGGGAUGCCACACAAUUGCGUGGGAGAUGGUUAGAACAUUGUUGCGGGGUCCCUUCUCAUCGUAUUCAGAGAGACUCACGCUUUCUCUCGGCCUAGAUGGCAAGAAAGGGCCCAAAUACAUUGCAUCACAUUCGGGAACGGUCAUGCAACAUACUCGCCAUCUUGCGUACGUGCUUGAUAAGAGCGACUGUAGGAGCAUGGGGUGCGAGCCAGUGGACGUGGGUCAGAGGCAUAGCCCGACGCCAAUGCAAUUGAUAAUCAUGGACUUCAAGAACACAGUGCUGACGGGAGAUGACACACUGCCCCCAAGAAGUUCUCGUUACUCCUCAUUGCCCAUAAUCGCUAGUAUUGCAAGCAUCGGAGCUUGUGCCACUUGUGCCCAUGUUGAGGACUGGUCGUCCUUCGUGAUGAUUCUGCUCGGGAUGAUCUCCUCUGGAAUCACUUCUUUCAUCAUGUCCACCGGGAGCGUCACCCUUGAACGGCUCCAGCCGGCAGAUGGAGUUCCACCUGGAGACGGCAUGCUACUGUCGGAUAAUCGCAUCGUGAUAUUGAGAGGAAACGAGGAGGACGUAAACGCUGUGACCAAGGGAAAACUGCGACUGAAAAUCAAAGGAGGGGGUUACACCCUCCUUUUCUGCGCGUCCAUAGCGUUGUUGCAAGUUACCCUACAGCUCAUCUACAUGCCUUCCGGAUCGCCAACAGGACAACUCAUGUUCCUGUUAUCGCUCCUAGUGUCCGGGGGAUGCAACCUAUAUCUAUCAGCAAAGGAAGAUGAUGUGCAGUCAAGUGCCCUCAUUACCCUACUGAAUACUCCGGAGGUGAAAACGUACCAAACCAAUUCUAGAACAACCGCUGCCGUUCUGGCGUGCCUAGCACUCUGUUGGAAGUCUAGCAUGCCAGCUACGCAAGUCCUCCAGCAGAUUGUCCCCAUCGGGCCAAGACCGUGGGAGGCCUUGUCUGAAAUCCUCGUGGAGAAUAUAACUAGCAGGAGCGAGGGAUUCAGAUAUUGGCUUAGAAACGAUCUGAGCGAUCAGGAAAAGCAGCUUUUGACCGAGCUCAUCGGUGAUGCUCAUGCAGCGUACGAUCAGUAUAUUCAGGAUUACGGUGGACGUUGAAUAGUUGUAUUCUAUUAUUCUUGCUUCCUGGUACUGUAUAGUGAUUCACCUUCAUCACUCAGCCACACGAUUAUGUGACAACUGCGUUUGAGGUUCUACAUGACUCGGAUGCAAGUUGCUGGUGACGUUCGAUAUUAGUAGCGGUUCGCUUUGCCUCAGCGUUUGUUUCACUCUCGCUGAGGUAUGUUAUUCUUUUGUAGUCUGUAUGCACUAGCACUUGUACAUACUUACAGAGUUUAGUUCUGAGUCUUCUGACUUGCUGAAUAUGGCGUUUGUUUCACUCA